AUGGACCCUUUACACCACUGGACCCCUCACAUCACUGGACCCUUUACACCACUGGACCCUUCACACCACUGGACCCUUCACACCACUGGACCCUUUACACCAAUGGACCCUUUACACCGCUGGACCCUUUACACCAAUGGACCCUGCACACCACUGGACCCCUCACAUCACUGGACUCUUCACACACCACUGGACACGAGUGGGGCCAGGUACUCCCAGCCACCUGUACCCACUCCCAGCCACCUGUACCCACUGCCAGCCACCUGUACCCACUCCUGUACCCACUGCCAGCCACCUGUACCCACUGCCAGCCACCUGUACCCACUACCAGCCACCUGUACCCACUCCAGCAGCCACCGGUACCCACUCCCAGCCACCUGUACCCACUCCCAGCCACCUGUACCCACUGCCAGCCACCUGUACCCACUGCCAGCCACCUGUACCCACUGCCAGCCACCUGUACCCACUCCCAGCCACCUGUACCCACUCCCAGCCACCUGUACCCACUGCCAGCCACCUGUACCCACUGCCAGCCACCUGUACCCACUGCCAGCCACCUGUACCCACUCCCAGCCACCUGUACCCACUCCCAGCCACCUGUACCCACUCCCAGCCACCUGUACCCACACCCAGCCACCAGUACCCACUGCCAGCCACCUGUACCCACUGCCAGCCACCUGUACCCACUCCCAGCCACCUGUACCCACUGCCAGCCACCUGUACCCACUGCCAGCCACCUGUACCCACUCCCAGCCACCUGUACCCACUGCCAGCCACCUGUACCCACUGUACCCACUGCCAGCUACCUGUACCCAGCCACCUGUACCCACUGCCAGCCACCUGUACCCACUCCCAGCCACCUGUACCAGCCACCUGUACCCACUCCCAGCCACCUGUACCCACUCCCAGCCACCUGUACCCACUCCAGCCACCUGUACCCACUGCCAGCCACCUGUACCCACUGCCAGCCUCCUGUACCCACUGCCAGCCUCCUGUACCCACUGCCAGCCACCUGUACCCACUCCCAGCCACCUGUACCCACCACCUGUACCCACUGCCAGCCACCUGUACCCACUGCCAGCCACCUGUACCCACUGCCAGCCACCUGUACCCACUCCCAGCCACCUGUACCCACUGCCAGCCACCUGUACCCACUCCCAGCCACCUGUACCCACUGCCCCAGCCACCUGUACCCACUGCCAGCCACCUGUACCCACUGCCAGCCACCUGUACCCACUGCCAGCCACCUGUACCCACUGCCAGCCACCUGUACCCACUGCCAGCCACCUGUACCCACUGCCAGCCACCUGUACCCACUGCCAGCCACCUGUACCCACUGCCAGCCACCUGUACCCACUCCCAGCCACCUGUACCCACUACCAGCCACCUGUACCCACUCCCAGCCACCUGUACCCACUGCCAGCCACCUGUACCCACUGCCAGCCACCUGUACCCACUGCCAGCCACCUGUACCCACUGCCAGCCACCUGUACCCACUGCCAGCCACCUGUACCCACUGCCAGCCACCUGUACCCACUCCCAGCCACCUGUACCCACUCCCAGCCACCUGUGACGUGUAAUAAUACCGACGUAGCGUGCCGGCAUUAA